AUGUUUUCCAGCCUGCGUAUGGGUGAGGUGAUCCGUGAGAAGGUCCAGGAUGGCGUUACUGGCGAGACUCGUGAUAUGCAGUACACCCAGUGCAAGAUCGUGGGCAAUGGCUCCUUUGGCAUUGUCUUCCAGACCAAGCUGUCUCCCGGAGGCGAAGAUGCUGCCAUCAAACGCGUCCUUCAGGACAAACGCUUCAAGAUCAUGCGCAUAGUCCGUCACCCAAACAUUGUCGAGCUCAAGGCGUUUUACUACUCCAACGGUGAUAGAAAGGACGAGGUCUACCUUAACUUGGUGCUUGAAUACGUCCCAGAGACCGUCUACCGCGCUUCGCGGUACUUCAACAAGCUCAAGACUACCAUGCCACUCCUCGAGGUGAAGCUGUACACAUACCAGUUGUUCCGCUCUCUCGCCUACAUCCAUUCCCAGGGCAUCUGCCACCGUGACAUCAAACCCCAGAACCUCCUCCUUGACCCCAGCACCGGCAUUCUCAAGCUCUGCGACUUUGGCAGUGCUAAGAUCCUCGUCGCCAACGAGCCCAACGUCUCCUACAUCUGCUCCCGCUACUACCGCGCCCCUGAGCUGAUAUUCGGUGCCACCAACUAUACCACCAAGAUCGAUGUCUGGUCCACCGGAUGUGUCAUGGGAGAGCUCAUGCUCGGUCAGCCUCUUUUCCAGGGAGAGUCUGGCAUUGACCAGCUGGUUGAGAUCAUCAAGAUUCUGGGCACUCCCACCCGCGAGCAGAUCCGCACCAUGAACCCCAACUACAUGGAGCACAAGUUCCCCCAGAUUAAGCCUCACCCAUUCAACAAGGUACCAUCCCGGCGUCCUUACUCCUUUUCUUUUUUUUUUUUUUUCUUCCACCUGUGUAUGCUAAUUUGUUCGUCCUAUCAGGUCUUCCGCAAGGCCUCCCACGAGGCAAUUGACUUGAUCACCGCUCUUCUCGAGUACACCCCCACCCAGCGUCUUUCCUCCAUCGAAGCUCUUUGCCAUCCAUUCUUUGAUGAGCUCCGUGAGCCAAACGUUCGUCUUCCAGACUCGCGUCAUCCAAAUGCUCCUCCCCGUGACAUGCCCAAGCUUUUCAACUUCACUCGUCAUGAGCUCUCUAUUGCUCCCAAUAUGAACCACCGUCUCAUUCCACCACACGCCAGAGCAGAGCUUGUUGCACAGGGUCUUGACAUCGACAACUUUACUCCUCUCAAGAAAGAGGAGAUGAUGGCCCGUCUUGAUUGA